GUUUGCAGAGGCCGUGACCACCUGUGCUAUGCGAAGAGCCGUAGCACUAAAGAAUCUUGAAAUAAAAGAAAAUGCACUGAGUCAGCUGGAUGUGCCAUUUAAAGUUAAGGCAGGACAUAUUGGUCAACUUAACCUACAGAUUCCAUGGCAAAACCUUUACACGCAACCUGUUGAGGCAGUUCUUGAUGGAGUUUAUUUGCUUAUUGUGCCCACAGCCAGCAUAAAAUAUGAUGCUGAAAAAGAAGCCAGGCAGCUCUUGGAAGCAAGACAAAGGGAAUUGCAAAGGAUUGAAGAAGCAAAGCAGAAAAUAGCUGAUCGAGAUAAAGUAAAAGAAGAGAAACAAGACACUUUUGUAGAAAAACUAGUCACUCAGGUGAUUAAAAAUCUUCAGGUGAAAAUUUCCAACAUCCAUAUUCGCUAUGAAGAUGAUAUCACAAAUCGGAAUAAUCCCUUGUCAUUUGGGAUUUCACUUCAGAAUCUGAGUUUGCAGACUUCAGAUAAGAAUUGGAAUCCAUGUCUACACGAUGAAACUGCCAAGUUGUUCUACAAGCUUGUACGACUGGAUAACCUUUUUGCUUACUGGAAUGUGAAAUCGGAGAUGUUCUACCAUCGUGGUUGUGAGGAAUCAUUGGUAAACUUAAAACAGGGAGUUGCCAGCCACAAUGUGAUUCCAGAAGGCUAUGAUUUUGUAUUCCGCCCAAUUUCAGCUAGAGCCAAACUCCUUAUGAAUCCUCGAUCGGAUGUUGACUUUUCGUCACCAAAAAUGGAUUUAGAUGUAAAUUUGCAGGAUAUUACUGUUGAAUUCAAUAAGCCACAGUACUUCAGUGUUAUGGAGCUGCUUGAGUCUAUUGAUAUGAUGACUCGAAAUCUGCCAUAUAGGAAGUACAGACCUGAUGUUCCGCUGCACAACAAUGCCAAGACAUGGUGGAAGUAUGUUAUUUCUGGUAUCCUUGAAGUAAAUGUUCAACCUAAGCUCCAGAUGUGGUCAUGGGAACACAUUCGGCACCAUAGGAAACAAGUGAAGAACUAUAAAGAGAUGUAUAAAACAAAGAUAACGUCAAAAAAACCUAGUGAAGAAAUCUUAAAAUUUUUGGAGGAAUUUGAAAAGGCUUUGGAUAUUUUUAACAUCACUCUAGCAAGGCAACAAGCAGAAGUUGAGGCAACUAAGGCUGGAUUAAAAAUCUACAGACCAGGAGUGAAACAAGAUGAUGAAAAUUCUGGUGGCUGGUUUAGUUGGAUAUGGAGCUGGUCAGGUGAAAAAAAGGAUGAACAAAAACAAGAAGUAAAGGGUUCAAGUCUUGAAGAGCUGAUGACAUGUGAAGAGAAGGCUAAACUUUAUGCAGCAAUUGGAUACAGUGAAACAGCUGUGGAUCCAACCCUUCCAAAAUCAUAUGAAGCCAUGAAGUUCUCCAUGAAGCUAUUAAGCAUGUCUAUAUCACUAAGGGAAAACAAGCAAACUCCUGAGCUGGUAGUAUUUGCAUUAACUGGCUUGAGUACAGUAUUUACCCAACGACCAGGUGCACAAGCAAUAAGAUUUGAAACAAAAGUUACAUCACUUGAGGUUACAGGCACAUCCCGAGAAAAGUGCACACCUUGUCUCCUGUCUUCUCGAACAGUCUAUUCAGAUGAGAGUACCUCACUCUUAAGCAUAAUGUUUGAGACUAAUCCUUUGGAUGAGAAAGCAGAUCAGAGGCUUAGAAUUGAAUCGCAGCCACUGGAAAUAAUCUAUGAUGCUAUAACAAUAAACAGCUUAGUGGAUUUCUUCAGGCCUCCGAAAGAUGUACAUUUGGAACAAUUGACAUCAGCAACUCUGAUGAAACUUGAAGAGUUCCGUGAAAAAACAUCAACAGGUUUGUUGUAUGUUAUUGAAACCCAAAAGGUUCUGGACCUCAAAAUUAACCUCAUGGCUUCAUAUAUCAUUGUUCCACAAAAGGGAUUCUAUGAGCAUACAUCAAAUUUACUACUUCUGGAUCUUGGUAGUCUGAAGAUGAAAAGCAAAAGUCGCUCUGAUUUAUCAGAACUCAAAGUAGGACAAAGCACUAUUGAAGAUAUAAUGUCAAGAGCUUAUGACAGUUUUGAUGUCCAGCUCAGCAGUAUACAGUUAUUGUACAGCAAACAUGAUGAGAACUGGCAAGAUGCUCGGAAGCUGAAAUGUUCAUCUCAACAUAUCUUGCAGCCCUUGGAUGUCAAAGUGGAAUUUAGUAGGGCUAUGGUUGUUACAGAUGCAAGAAUGCCCAAGUUCAAACUGUCUGGACAGCUGCCUUUACUUUCUAUCCAAAUAUCAGACCAGAAGCUGACUAGUAUCUUGGAGCUAAUUGAUAGCAUUCCUAAGCCAGAGAGUGCUCCUGCUGCCAGUUCUCCUCCAAAAAUACCUGAGGCUGCAAUAUCGCCUGUACUCUCAGCAUCACAUACAUCCCAAGGUGUGUUUCCUGUUUUGGAUCUUCAUUCAUUUGCUGAGUCAGAAUCAGAAGAAGAAUUUUAUGAUGCUCUAAGCAGCCCUGUGGAAGAAAUACCAUUUUUUGAAGCCACAUCUGAUUCCCUCAAGCGAGCUGGCAGUACAAGGCGAAAAAAACUAUGUAAACAAGAAUCCUUGAAAAAUAUGACAGAAUUCCAGCUGAGGUUUGAAGUAGCUGAGGUCUUAAUUAAAUUAUGCCGUCUUACUGGUAACACUGAGACACCUGUGCUGCAGCUUGAUAUUGUAGGGUUAGGCACUGAACUUAAAUUGAGAACAUUUGACAUGACUGCAAAUGCUUUCCUUCGUGAAGUUUGUCUGCUGUGCCCAGAGUAUAUGGAUGAUAAUGACAAGCCAGUUUACAUAAUUACCACUUUGGAUAACGUAGAAGAUGAUCUUCUCACUCUAGAAUACAUAAAGGCUGAUAUUAAUGGACCAGAACUGAAAACUGCCUAUCAGAACAUUUUGCAGAAAAUAAAGGUGAACUUUUCAUCUCUAGAUGUUCAUUUGCAUACUGAAGCUCUGCUGAAUGCUAUGAACUAUGUGAAUAAUCUUCUACCCAAACAAGAAACUAAAGUUGCAGAAGAACCAGUCCAUGAAAAAACAGAGGAGAAGAAGGAUGUCCUUAAGAAAUUAACAUCCAAAAAAUCGAAGUAUGAAGAUGUUAUCGACCUCAACAUCUGUGCGGAUUUGUCCUGUUUACGUAUCUUUAUUAGAGAGAAAAAACAUAGAAUAGCUGAAAUUCACAUUGAAGGUCUGGAUAGCCAAGUGAUCAUGAAAAAAACAGCAACAGAAGUGACUGCAAAAUUAAAGAACAUAAUUGUUGUGGAUUCUGAUGAGGCAGCAUUGUAUAAAAAGGCUCUUUACAUCACAGGAAAAGAAGUCUUCAACUUCAGAAUGAUAUCAUAUGUGAAUGCUACAGAUGGCAUUGCAUAUACAAAUAUGGAUGUUGUUGACAAUCGUAUUUACCUAACUGUUGGGUGUAUUCAAGUAGUUUUUGUCAACAAGUUUGUUUCAUCUAUUUUGGCUUUUAUAAAUAACUUUCAAGCUGCCAAGGAAGCUGUUACUGAGGCAACUGUUCAAGCAGCAGAGAAAGCAGCAACAGGUGUAAAAGAGCUAGCGGAGCGUAGUUCCCGUUUGGCACUGGAUAUCAACAUUAAAGCACCUGUUGUGAUAGUUCCACAGUCAGCAAUGUCUGCGAAUGUCCUGGUGGCUGAUCUUGGUCUGAUCACGGUGAAGAACCAAUUCUUUAUUGCUAAAACAAAAACACGGUAUAAUCUGCCACCUGUUGUUGACUCUAUGACCGUGAAAUUGAGUGAACUAAAGUUGUACAGAUCGUGCUAUGAGCAGGGUUCAUUGCAAACUGAAGUGCAGUUGCUGCAGCCACUCAAUCUGGAAGUAGCUGUUGAACGAAAUUUAGCCGCUGCAUGGUAUAAUGAAGUUCCUGAUAUUGAAAUAUCUGGCAGACUCAAGCCUAUGAAUCUAAUUCUCAGUCAGGAAGACAUUACAACAAUAUUGAGGACACUAAAUGAAAAUAUAGGUGGAAGCUCUGAUGCAUCAACAUCUUUACCGGAACCAAAAGAUACGACUAGCCAUAGUAGUGAUAUGCAUAGUACUUCACAGCACUCUGCAGGUGUAACUGUUGUGACAUCAGCUGUGGUGGAAUUGCAUUCACCCAUGAAAAUAAAAACAACACUAAAACUGGACUUCAGAUUCGACUCUCUGACUUUAGUAUUGUAUAGUCCAAAUUCAAAGCAGGUUACAAAUUUGGAUCAGAGAGAUGAACUUCUGAAGCUUGCAGAGUUUAAGUUAGUUUUGAUGUCAGCUGCUCUCAAAAUGUUAUCAGACGGUUCAAUGAAUGCUUCAGUCAAGCUGGCAAACUGUACAUUAGAUGAUAAAAGACAAUCAAUCCAAAAGGCUACACCAAGGAUGGUGGAAAUGAAACAUGGAUUUGAAAAGAAAGUUAUGGUGGAUAUAAGCUAUAAGCAGGGGAGAGAUGGCACUGUUCUGGAUGUGAUUGUUCAAGAGAUAUACCUUUGUGCAAGCAUGGAGUUUCUACUUACUGUUGCAGAUAUAUUCCUUAAGGCUAAUGCAGAAAGUGCUGCUGCACAGAGAAACCUCAAACAGUCAUUACCUUUAAAGGAGCAAGCACCUGCACAGCCUGUAUCUACAAUGGAAAUGAACAUUGUUGUUAAAAAUCCAGAGAUUGUGUUUGUGGCUGAUUUAACAAGAAGUGAUGCUCCUGCAUUGGUGGUUACAACACAGUGUGAGGUCUUCAUUAAAAAAAGCCCUGAAAGAUACAGCAUGACAGCUGCUGUUAAAGAGAUACAAAUGAAAGCGUGCCCAUUUCUACCAGAAAAAAGGAAAGGGAAUGUUACUACGGUAUUACAGCCUUGCGACUUCUUCUUUGAAAUGAAACAGUCAGGUACUGAUCCACAGACAGCUGAUCUAACGAUUAAAUCUCUAACAAUAAAAGUUUCACCAAUAAUCAUAAACACCGUAAUUACUAUUACAUCAGCCUUCUAUCAAACUGCAGAAACAACAGAAGAAGAGAUUAGUCAAAUUCCUCCAGACUUGUGGAAUAAGAAAGAUAUAAAAAAUCUAAAAAUGUGGUUUCUUGAAGAGUCAAAUGAAAAUGAAGAUAAAAAUCCAACUGCUGAACUGGUUCCCACGGGAGAGUCAUUGAAAAUGAAUGUGGAAUCUGUUUUUCUAACACUUGAAGCUGGCGUUGGGCACCGAACUGUGCCAAUGCUUUUAGCCAAGUCCUCAUUUCUUGGAGAAGUCAAAAACUGGAGUACUCUAAUCAACCUGCGUUCUCAUCUGGAGCUAGAGGUACAUUAUUUUAACGAAAUGUUUGGGGUGUGGGAACCUUUGCUUGAGCCACUAGAAGUUGAGAAGACCGAUUUAUUCAAACCAUGGAUUCUUGAAAUUAAGAUGAAGAAGAAGGCUAAGAAAGCAUUGGUUGAAUCAGAUGCAGAAGAAGAAAACUACAAAGUUCCAGAAUAUAAAACAGUAAUAAAUAUCUCCUCAAAAGAUCAGCUGAACAUCACACUCUCCAAGUGCGGGAUGCAAAUGUUAAGUAACUUGGGCACGGCAUUUGCUGAAGCAGCUAGUCAAACUUCAGACAUCUUCAAAAAAGACCGAGCACCAUUUGUAAUAAUAAAUUCUUUAGGACUUCCCAUCACUGUCUCACCUAGUGAUUCCUUUAGUGUCCUUAAUGUUGAAUUUGGAGCAAAAAUAUUUCAUUUAAGAGAUGGAGAGAACUUGAAUAUGGAAUUUGUCAGAACUAAAAAUGAGAGUGACCAGUUCACAGCAAUGACCACUCUGAGUAGCAAGAGGUUUUACAUUCAGAUCUGUCCACAUAAUCAUUCCACUGUGGAAAAGAUUCCAUUGACAAAAGUGGGUCGAUGUAUUUACAGAGUGAGACACGAGGAAUCAGGUGUUGAAAGGUCCAUUGUCUGCCAAAUUGAUACCGUUGAAGGAAGCAAGAUGAUAACUAUACGUUCUCCUCUUCAGAUACGGAAUCAUUUUUCAAUCCCACUAAAUAUUUUUGAGGAAGGAAGGUGUUUAGGGGCUGCUUCACCAGAAAAUGAAUUCAAUAUACCAUUAUCAUCUUACAGAUCCGUACUGAGUUUGCAACCGCUAGCCAAUGAAAAUGGAGUGGAUGGAGAAUAUGAUAUGUGUGAAGGAAUUACAUUUGAUGAAAUCAUGAAAAAUGUUGACAGUUUGUUACAAAGGAAAUGCCAGUCUGUGAGGUCAACUAACCACUCACUCAUCAUCAAUAUUGUUCCUGUAAAAGACACAGUGGUAUCUUCAUCAUGUACAGAAGAUCAAUGGGAUUUUCCAUAUGUUGUUCAUUUAUGGCCUUCAGUUCUUCUCCGCAAUCUUCUUCCUUACCAAAUAACUUACUCUGUAGAGGGAGAUGGGAACAAAUAUGACACUCUACAAGAGGGAUGUUCAGCCCAGAUUCACAAUGCAGUCUUGGAUCAAACAAAACUAGAUUUACAUUUGCUUAACUAUCUUGAUCAAAAUUGGAAAAGUGAGUACCAUAUAAAAAGCAAUCUACCAGAAAUCAGCUUUACGACGUUUUACUGCAUCACGGAGUUGGAUAAGACUGAACUGGAUAUUGCUGUCCAUGUGACCUACACAACUGGGCAGGUGGUUAUAGCAAUUCACAGUCCGUAUUGGAUGGUAAACAAAACCGGUCGAAUGUUGCAGUACAAAGCUGAUGGUAUUCACCGCAAGCAUCCUCCAGAUUACAAGAAGCCGCUCCUUUUUUCUUUCCAGCCCAAAAACUUCCUCCAAAAUAAUAAGGUGCAACUUAUGGUAACUGACAGUGAACUGUCUGAUCAGUUUUCACUGGACACUGUUGGAAGUCAUGGUUCUGUGAAAUGCAAGAGUCAUAAAAAGGAAUAUCAAGUUGGUGUCACUAUAAACAACAGCAGUUUUAAUAUUACUAGAAUCGUAACUUUCACUCCAUUUUUUAUGAUCUCAAAUAGAAGCAAAUACACUUUGGAAGUAGCUGAAGAAGGCAAGGAAAAGUGGAUUCCUAUUGUUUUGCAACAGUGGUGUGAGAAACAAUGGGAAAGGGAACUUAGUGGCAUGUGCAUUCCCUUUUGGCCUGAAAAUGAUGCCAACAAACUGCUUGUUAGAGUUGAAAAUUCUGAUCUCCCCCCAAAGAAGAUAAAUUUUGAUAAGCAAGAAAACUGUCUGCUGCUGCAUUUGGACAACAAGCUUGGAGGAAUUACAGUGGAUGUUAAUCUGACUGAACAUUCUACAGUGAUUACCUUUUCUAAUUACCAUGAUGGUGCAGCUCCAUUUCUGUUGAUAAACCAUACUAAAGAGGAAAUUAUUGAGUAUGGACAAAGCUCCCUCAGUGAAUUGGAAGAUUUUCUUCAGCCAAAUAAGGCAGUAUUGUAUACUUGGGCAGAUCCAGCAGGAUCUAGAAAAUUGAAAUGGAAAUGUGGAAAUAGAACUGAGGAAAUUACACCAAAAGAGGACAAAAUGGACAUACUCAGUCUGGAUUGUAGAAAAGUGGUCUAUUUGAUGUCAUUUUUUGAAGGUUUGCAGCGUAUUGUCCUGAUCACUGAAGAUGAGAAUGUAUUUAAGUUGGCAUAUGAAAGUGUAAAAGCAGAACUAGCAGAACAAGAAAUAGUUCUGUCUUUGCAAGAUGUUGGAAUUUCAUUGGUUAAUAAUUAUACAAGGCAAGAGGUGUCCUACAUUGGAAUUACAAGUUCUGAUGUGGUCUGGGAGACAAAGCCCAAGAAGAAGUCGAGAUGGAGACCAAUGAGUGUUAAGCAGACUGAUAAAUUAGAACAAGAAUUCAAAGAUUACAGUGAGCUGACUCCUUCAGAAAAUAAGAUUAUUGAGUUGGAAUCAAAUGUUUUGGUAUGUUUAACUCCUAAUGGAAUGAACAUGAAGAUUCAGCAACCAAAUGAGAUUCCUAUCAGAAGGAAUUAUCUGCCAGCUUUAAAAGUAGAAUAUAGUUCAUCUGCACAUCAGAAGUCUUUCAGAAUUCAAAUUUACAGGAUACAGAUACAAAACCAGAUUCCUGGAGCCAUAUUUCCCUUUGUGUUCUAUCCUAUUAAACCUCCAAAGUCCAUCACCCUGGAUUCAGCACCAAAACCUUUUACUGAUGUCAGUAUUGUCAUGAGAACUGCAGGACAUUCACAAAUAUCUCACAUUAAGUAUUUUAAAGUGCUGAUUCAAGAAAUGGAUCUCAGAUUAGAUCUUGGCUUCCUGUAUGCACUGGUUGAAUUCUUUACGCAGACUGAAGUGCCAAGUGACCAAGAGCUAGAACUUUUCAAAAAGGAUGUUCAAUCUCUUCAAGAAGAACUGAUGAGUGUGUCAUCAAUGGAUACGUCACAAAUCAGCUUGUAUGAAUACUUUCAUAUCUCUCCAAUUAAGUUACACUUAAGCUUUUCACUCAGUACGGGUGGAGAAGAUAGUAACAAAGAAGAACGAAAGAAUGAAUUGAUACCGCUUCAGUCCUUGAAUCUCCUGCUGAAGAGUAUAGGGGCCACCCUCACAGAUGUACAAGAUAUUGUCUUUAAGUUGGCAUUCUUUGAGCUCAGCUAUCACUUUUGUACUACGCAGCAGCUCCAAUCAGCGGUUGUAAGACAUUAUUCAAAACAGGCUAUUAAACAGAUGUAUGUUCUUAUACUUGGCCUUGAUGUCUUGGGUAAUCCAUUUGGAUUCAUAAGAGGCUUGUCUGAAGGAGUAGAAGCAUUCUUCUAUGAACCUUACCAGGGAGCCAUCCAGGGUCCUGAAGAAUUUAUAGAAGGAAUGGCACUAGGACUUAAAGCACUAGUAGGGGGAGCUGUGGGUGGAUUAGCUGGUGCUGCAUCAAGAAUCACUGGUGCUAUGGCAAAAGGAGUAGCUGCGAUAACUAUGGAUGAGGAUUACCAGCAGAAAAGGAGAGAAGCCAUGAAUAAACAGCCCACUGGUCUGAGAGAGGGUAUCACUCGUGGCGGAAAAGGAUUAGUUUCUGGUUUUGUCAGUGGUAUAACAGGAAUAGUUACAAAACCAAUAAGAGGAGCUCAGAAAGAAGGAGCAGCUGGGUUUUUCAAAGGUGUUGGAAAAGGCUUAGUGGGAGCAGUAGCUCGGCCUACUGGAGGAAUCAUAGACAUGGCAAGCAGCACAUUUCAGGGUAUUAAAAAAGUUGCAGAUUCAUCAGAGGAUGUGAUAAGCCUACGCCCACCUCGCUUCUUUGGUGAAGAUGGAGUUAUUAGACCUUACAGAUUAAGAGAUGGAACCGGAAGUCAAAUGUUACAGAAAAUUGAAAAUGGAAGAUUUGCAAAACUCAGAUAUAUUGCACAUGCUAUGGUCAACAGUACAGAUCUGUUAAUGGUAACUAAAAGUGGUGUGUUAUUUGUGACAAAAGGGACUUUUGGACAGCUGACCUGUGAAUGGCAAUACAGUUAUGAUGAGUUUACCAAAGAACCCUUUAUCGUCGAUGGCAGAAGAUUACGCAUUGAAGCCAAGGAACGAGUUAAGUCUGUGUUCCAUGCCAAAGAAUUUGGAAAAAUUAUUAAUUUUAAAACUCCAGAGGAUGCUAAGUGGAUCCUUUCUAAACUGGAAGAAGUGAGAGAGAAUCAGCCAAAAUUGUAAUGAAUGGAGAAGCACGAAGAUAUGAAGAACACUGAACAGCUACCUUUUAAUUCCUCUGUAAAAAAGAAAACUAUCUGAAUGUCAGCAACAAAAGCAAAAACAUCACGCAAGGAAGAUUUAUGAAAUUAUUUACUGUGGUCACAACAAUCUAUGGCUAUAUCACAAAAAUAGAUGACGUUGUUAAAAAAAACACAACCUGAGCAAUCAAAAAAUUUCUGCCAAGUUUUGGCUUGUUUUGUUUUGUUUUUUAAUGUAAGAAUUCCGGAUUUCAUUUUUUUAUAAAUACAGUGUAAAAAGAAUUUGUUUUACCAUUACUUUUGAUAUUGAAAUUGAACUCUGGAAUAAUUCUUGUGAUACUAUUCAGAGCGAAUCUUCCAGUUUUGAUUUGAUUCUGAAAAUUUUGUUUCUGUCUUAGUUUUCAUAUGACUUGAGGCUGUGUUGAAAUUCAAAUUUCUUUAUCAAGGGAAAUGUUAACUUAAUAAUCACUAGUCUUACAACUCAAAUUCUAAUAAAGAGGCUGCUGACCAGGGAAGUCUAAUUUAGAUGAUCACAGGAGCGGCUACUUAGUUAACAAUAUUAUUUUCUUUUUGUAAAUGAAUGGACCAGAUCACGAUGAAUUUACAGUACAGUAUCACUUUUAGUGUAAACUUUUCUAUAUUCUACUCAAGGAAAUGUCGUAGCACCUCUAUCAAUAUUCACAGAAAAAAUGUAAGAGUUUACAAAAAUGUAUGAUGGGGAGAAUUACUCUAUCUCUGCACUAAAAGUAUUAAUUAAAGCCUAUUAUUUUAAAUAAGUGUUAUUAGCAGUCUUACAACUAAAGGAGUUUAUGGGGUUAAAGUGCACUGUUGCAUACCAAAAAUAAAUGCCUUGGAUUACACAAUAUUGUGUCCUAAGCAAGUGACUAAUAAAGUCAAAUUUAUAUUAAAUAAUA